GAGAAGGAAUAUCAGAGAGUUGUGAGCUUUGGGCCGUUACUACUACACCUCGACUCUCUGGCAAAAUGCCUUACAGGAGCUAGACUCAGACCCUGUUGGCAAGCCUGGCCCUGGGAAGCUCCUCCAGGCAAGAUGCCAGGCAACAGCACUGCCCUGGCUCUAAGCACCAUCACCUACAUCACCAUGGAGAUUCUCAUUGGGUUCUGUGCCAUCGUGGGCAAUGUGCUGGUCAUCUGGGUCAUCAAGCUGAACCCCAGCCUACAGACAACAACCUUCUAUUUCAUCAUCUCCCUCGCCCUGGCUGACAUGGCGGUGGGCAUGCUGGUGAUGCCUUUGGCCGUGGUCGUCAGCCUGGGCAUCAUAAUUCAAUUCUACCACUGCCUCCUCAUGACCUGCCUGCUGCUGAUCUUCACCCACGCAUCCAUCAUGUCCUUGCUGGCCAUUGCAGUGGACCGUUACCUACGGGUGAAACUCACCAUGAGGUACCGGAGGGUCACUACUCAGAGAAGAAUAUGGCUGGCCCUGGGCCUUUGCUGGCUGCUGUCGUUCCUGGUGGGGCUCACCCCCAUGUUUGGCUGGAACAUGAGACACUCCUCAGGGGGCAGAAGCAACAAUGAGACUGCCCUUGUGUGCCAGUUCCGAUCUGUGGUGAGGAUGGACUACAUGGUCUACUUCAGCUUUUUUACGUGGAUUUUCAUCCCUCUGGUGGUGAUGUGCGCCAUCUACUUCGACAUCUUCUACAUCAUUCGCAACCGACUCAGCCAGAAUGUCAGCUCUAGAGAGACUGGUGCCUUUUACGGGCGGGAGUUCAAGACAGCCAAGUCUUUGUUUCUGAUUCUCUUCCUUUUUGCUUUGUCCUGGUUGCCUUUGUCCAUCAUCAAUUGUGUCCUCUACUUCAAUGUUGAUGUGCCACAAGUUGUGCAACACUUGGGCAUCCUCCUGUCACAUGCCAACUCCAUGAUGAACCCCAUAGUCUAUGCUUGUAAAAUAAAGAAGUUCAAGGACACCUAUUUCUGCAUCCUCAAAGCCUAUGUGCUCUGCCGGCCAUCUGAUUCCUUGAGUGUUUCACAGACUUCUCAGCAGUCACCCAACAAAGACACAGAAGUUCCCUUAGACCAACAACAUUGUCACACCCAGCAGCAUGGACCUCAUGUCCCUGAGAGACAAGAAAGCCAGCUCAGUGUCACCGUGUCCUCCAAACCAGAGGACACAGGCUGCUACUGGUGUGGUCUUCAGUGGGAUUUGUGGGACGAAAUGGAUUUCACUGUGGCUGAUGGCAUACAGUCUCUGCCAGAAGUGUCUGCGCCAGCAGUCGGUUCAGGGCCGUGGGGGUUGCGGAGCCGGCGUGUUGUGGAUCAGGAGUCCCUGGAGGUAACCCCCUACUGGGGAGCCGGGGCCCGAGAAUUCCGGGGCGGCCUCUGCGCGCCGCUCGCCCUCAUCUGCCGCAAGACCCUGGACUCGGUACCGCGUUCCUGGGACGCGCGGCCUCCGCUAGGCGGCCCCGGAGUAGGCGGGCGGCGGCGGAGGAUGCUGCGGGACCGAAGCCGAGAGGAAGGCUCGGCCUUUUAA